GACAUGGAACAAAGCAGUGUAAAGUCCCUUUCUAAAAGAAAUCAACAAAGGUUGGCUAAGAUAAUAAAGAAUGUGCAUUUGAAGAGCAUGAUCAUCAAAAUAAAGGUUAGGUAGCAGUCCACUUGCUAGUUACACUAUAAUAUGAGCUCCUUAAUUGGUUUUCGUUAUGAACAAAGAAACAUGCAUUCGUUUCUGUUAUUCCAGUUUCUGCUGCUACUCUCCAUCACAUGGUUUUGUUCUUCUUCUACAACUACUUCACCAGAUACCAAUUUCCCACAUGUCUGUAACUGCACAAGAAACAGCACCUUUGAGUUAAACACCACCUACCAUACCAACCUCAAAACUCUUCUAUCUUGGCUUUCUUCCAAUGCCACUAACUCUGCCGGAUCCCACAUCACCAAGGUCGUUUCUUCUGUUAACAGCAGCGUCUAUGGCCUCUUCCAGUGCAAUGCAGAUAUAACGCCAGAGAAAUGCCAAAAGUGCAUCGAUCAAGCAGUGUAUAAUGUAACAUCAGAGUGUGCAACAUCAAAGGAAGCUGUGGUAUUUGUCAAAUUCUGCUUCCUACGUUACUCUUACAGAGAUUUCUUAACAAUAGCAGAAGAAAGCCCUAAAAUCUUCUUGCUGAACCUCAAGGACUACGUUGGCCAACUUGCUACCUUCAACAAUGAAGUGUCGGAGAUGAUGUAUACUCUGAGGCAUAAGGUUGCUGAUAUUCCCAUGGGUUCUAGAAGGUUCGCGUACGGGGAACUCAACAUCACAGCUAAACAAAGCCUUUAUGGCAUGGCAAAGUGCACCCCGGACUUGCCCCCUGAGGAAUGCAGCUCGUGUCUUGUAAACGCCGCGGCCGACAUUCCGACCGGUUGUUGCAAAGGAAAGAUCGGAGGAAGGGUUCUUUUUCCCAGUUGUGGCGUUAGAUUUGAGCUUUAUCGAUUUUAUGAGCCAUCAUCUCAUCUGAAUAUUUUGAUACUUGGAGGAAAUAGGAAAAACAGGUCACACCAGAGACAGAUUAUUAUUUCCAUCAUCUCAACUGUUGUUUCUGUGCUGCUGCUAUGUUUUGGUUGCUCUUUAUGUUUCCUAAGUCGACGACGACAAAGGAAGCUUCUUAGGGGAAUUCUUCUUAGAGAAAGCUUUGGGGAUGAAUCAUUGGCUUCUUUUGAGUCUUUACAGUUUCAGUUGAGUGAAAUUCAAGCUGCUACCAACAACUUCUCCCAAGGAAACAAGAUAGGAAGAGGUGGAUUUGGGGAAGUUUACAAGGGUGUUCUUGAAAAUGGGCAAGAAGUAGCAGCAAAGAGACUCUUGGGAAACUCUUGGCAAGGUGCAGAAGAAUUUAAGAAUGAGGUUCUUGUUAUGGCCAAGCUUCAACAUAAAAAUCUGGUCAGAUUACUGGGGUUUUGUUUGGAAGGACAAGAGAGGAUACUUGUCUACGAAUAUGUCCCUAACAAGAGCCUUGACUACAUUUUAUUUGAUCCUCAGAGAAGCAGGCCAUUAACUUGGUCUGAACGAUACAAGAUUAUUAGAGGAAUUGCGCGAGGGAUUUUAUACCUUCAUGAGGAUUCUCGUUUAACAAUCAUCCAUCGAGAUCUUAAACCAAGUAAUAUUUUAUUAGAUGAUGGUAUGAAUCCAAAAAUAUCAGAUUUUGGUAUGGCAAGAAUAGUAAUUACAGAUCAAAUUCAAGUGAAUACUCAUAGGGUUGUUGGCACAUAUGGUUAUAUGUCUCCAGAAUAUGCAAUGGAAGGAAUAUUUUCGAUAAAAUCUGACGUGUAUAGUUUUGGAAUCAUAGUACUUGAGAUUAUGAGUGGAAAAUCGAAAAAUUCUUUUUGUGAACCACACUUCUCAGAUGACAUCCGACUUUCUGCAUGGGCAAAAUGGAAGGAAGAAAAGGCAUUGGAAUUAUUGGAUACAACUUUAAAAGGAAAUUAUUCUGAAAAUGAAGUGAUGAGAAGUAUACAGAUUGCCCUGUUAUGUGUUCAAGAUGAUCCAAAUGAGAGGCCUACAAUGACAGAAAUUGUGUCAUACCUCAGUAGUUCUUCAGGGGAAGUACCUUUGCCUCAAGAACCAAUAGUUUCAAAAAGUAGAAAGAUGGAUUAUAUGUCUUACUACCACAAAACGCAUUCCAUAAAUGAUUCUAUCAACGAUUUGUCAGUGAGCACAUUUCUCCCUAAUGAUGAUUCAUCUUCCAACCUAUUCAUGAUGAGUUCCUUCUACUUCUUCCUUCUGCUUCCAUCUCUCUUCUUUUUCUUCCUCCCCAUUCACUGCUUUAACAUCAUCCAAGGAGCCACCGAUAAAAAUACUAAAGCUUAUUAUAACUGCACAAUCAAUGGCACUUUUGCAUCCAAUAGCACAUACCGUUCCAACACCAUAACACUCCUUAACUGGCUCUCCUCCAAUGCCACCACAGAUUCCAGAUCCUACAACACUACAGUAAUUGGUAAAACCACUUCAGACACAGUCUAUGGCCUCUACAUUUGUACAAGAGACAGCACACCAGGAAUGUGCCAAGACUGUGUGGCAGAAGCAUCAAAACUCAUAUCAUCUCUUUGUAGCAAAGCAAAAGAAGCCAUGGUUUGGUACCGUGUAUGCUAUAUGCGUUACUCUAAUCGUAAUUUCUUCUCCAAUGUGGAGGAAAGUCCAAGUAUCACCUUUGUGAGUGACAUUGACUAUGUGGGUCAAGUUGGGCGCUACAACACUAUUCUCUGGAAUAUGCUGAAUGAUAUGAGAACUAUGGCCGCUGCUGAUUCAAAUAAAACGGCUGCAAUGACUCAGAAAAUCACAGAUCAUCAAAACAUAUAUGGUUCCGCUUGGUGUCUCCCUUAUCUUUCCACCGAGAACUGUAGCUGGUGUCUCAGUGAUGCCAUUGCAUAUAUUCCAGCAGGUUGCUGCAGGGGAAAAUCUGGAGGAACUGUCAUGUAUCCCAGUUGUGGUAUUAGAUAUGAAUUAUAUCCAUUCCUUAAGGAACACAAUAUAAUUCCUCGGCCGCUGCGGCCACCACCACCGCAAAGAGAUUCUCGUCCUUUGGCUCCACCAGGUAAACGAAAGCAGAAGAACUUACCAUUAAGUAAAGUCGCUGUUCCAAUUGCCAUUGUCGUUGCACUUGUGCUUUUAACUUUGGGUGGUUGCUGCUUUCUACGUAGAAAAGGAAGAAAGAAUCAAGAUGAUAUUCUCAAAGAAAACUGUAAUGUGGAGAAAUAUAGAUUUCUUUUGUUAUUUUCGCAACCUUAGAAAAUCAUUUAACAGAAUUCAAACACUUUUGGUGUAGUUGGGAAUGAUAUAAGCACUUUGGAGUCCUUGCGAUUUGAACUAGCCAGGAUUGAAGCUGCAACAAAUAGAUUUGCCACAGAGAACAGGGUAGGCAAAGGUGGAUUUGGAGAAGUCUAUAAGGGUAUUCUUUUAAAUGGACAAGAAAUUGCUGUGAAGAGGCUUACUAGAAGCUCUGGACAAGGUGCAAUAGAGUUUAAAAAUGAGGUUCUUGUUAUAGCUAAGCUUCAACACAGAAAUCUAGUGAGGUUACUGGGAUUUUGUUUGGAAGGUGAAGAAAAGAUACUCAUCUAUGAGUAUGUGCCAAACAAAAGCCUUGACUACUUUCUUUGUGAUCCUCAAAAGCGAAGACAAUUAUCUUGGAUUCAACGUAAACAGAUCAUCAUGGGAAUUGCUAGAGGAAUUCUAUACCUGCAUGAAGAUUCUCGCCUCAAAAUAAUACAUCGUGAUCUGAAACCUAGUAAUGUUUUGUUAGAUAGUAAUAUGAAUCCAAAAAUAUCAGAUUUUGGCAUGGCUAGAAUUGUUGCUGUGGAUCAAAACGAAGAAAACACGCAUAGAAUAGUCGGAACAUAUGGUUAUAUGUCUCCAGAAUAUGCAAUGUUUGGACAAUUCUCUGUAAAAUCGGAUGUGUUUAGUUUUGGAGUCAUGGUACUCGAGAUCAUUAACGGGAAGCGAAAAGGAACCUCCUCUUCUGAAUCAGAGUGUAUUGAUGACAUCCGGAGACAUGCUUGGGAAAAAUGGACAGAGAAAACGCCAAUGGAACUAUUGGAUCCUAACAUGGAAGGCCCUUAUUCAAAGGAAGAAGUCAUAAAAUGCAUUCAGAUUGGUUUGUUAUGUGUUCAAGAAGAACCAAAUGACAGACCUACGAUGGCAACAAUUGUUUUUUACCUAAAUAGCUCUUCACUCAACUUGCCAUCCCCUCGUGAACCAGCAUACUAUUUCAAGAACAAUAGAACAGAGGAAAGCAUGACAACAAGCAAGGAGUUGGUUAAUGACAGCAAUUCCAUCAAUGAAAUCACCAUAAGUAAAUUCUUUCCUCGUUGA